CUUGUUUAAUAUAAAUUUAUAAUGCAUCAAAAAAAAUUAAAUAAUUACUGAAACCAGACAUCAAUACCAAUAGACUAUUUUCUUGUACAAUUAUUUAAAUAACCUUGUGCAUACUAUGCGGAGUAGUUAUCAAAACUGUUUAAAUUUCCCGUUUGCUAGAUCAAUUCCAACUACAAAAUCUAUAUUGCUACUAAUUAUUAUAUAUUAUGGAUAUUGUUUAACGGAUGAUAAAACAGAAAAUUGGCUUUCAAAUAUUAAUAAGAGUCGUUAUAAGAAAUGUGUGUUCAAUACAAUAUGCAAAUUCCGCAAUUUAUCAUCAAAUAGCAAUUCAAGUGGAUCAAAAGAAAUCAGAUCAACAAUAUAUACAACCCAAUACGAAAAUGAUAUCAAUGGUAAGGAAAAUGAGUCGAAUAAUACGAGACAAAAUGUCAUAAACGCAGAUAAAUAUCCUCCUAAUUACAUUAAUAAAGUUUUUAAUAAAUAUCCUGUUAAGGCAAAAUCUCCAAUAACUAAUGAAUUUCUAAGGUGGAAUGAAAAAUGUACAGAGGUUUCUUUUCAUCAGACACUAACAGUAGAUGCAGAUAAAGAUUUCGCUGGAUUUAAGGAUCUAAAAGGUAAAUGGGAAUGUGAUACGGCUAAUAUAACAAAUAAAUUUUGCUUUGGUAUAUGUAGAACUUUUAAAUAUCCGAUUGAAGCCGAUAACGAAAACGAUGGCUUAUACAAAAUAAAAUUUGUGGAAACUGGUAGAGAAAACAUUAAGAUCAAGACAUAUGAUGUCAUUAAGCAGAAAAAAGGUCAAACUAAUAAUAAUAAACUUGACAAUUUUUUUGAGAAUUUUCUUUUAUCACAAUAUUCGGAGCAAACAUACCAACGUAUACCUAUUAGUAGAAAUACUGAUAAAAAUAACAAUGUAAAGAAUAAUCAUACCGCUAAAAAUGGAAAGUAUAAAAGAGAUUUAAGGUAUAAUAAAGAGACAGUUGGCGGAUUUUUUUGCUCAGCGUGCGUUCCGCAAAAGGCUAAAUAUCAAGAUAUAUAUUUGAUGUGUCGGCAGGUUCAUUCUUCUCAACUAGCUACCCCAUUUUCAAAUGAUAUAAAUGAUAAAUUAAAUUUACACAAAGAGAUUAAUUGUAAAAACUGUCAGGAUAAAAAUAUACACAAAUCUAUGAUAGUUGAUAAUAACUUAGUAAAUUUUCUUAAUAAAUAUGGAAUAAAUCCUUCAAAACAGAACGUUUCGGCCAAAACCUAUACCAAGAUAAACUCGGAUAUAUCUAAUAAUAACAUUACUAAAAAUAGUCUGGAAUAUCGUCGAAAUUACCUUCAAAGAAAUAAAAUAAUAGAUAUAGAUAAUAAAGAAAUUGAUAAAACUAAAGUUGAUGAUUUAAUACACCAAAAUAAGAAUAUGAUGAUGGAUCAGAAAUAUCUUUUGGUUACUAAAAGAGUUUUAAUAAUAGAUAAAUGCGAAUGCCAAUCUUGUUCUAAACACGACAAAUAUUUAUGA